AUGGCGGUUGUUGCGCAUAAGGAGCUUUCGCCUACAAGGUUUAUUGAUGGGAUAGAUGUAAAUAGUGAAGAUUAUAUACGAGAAUUAUUAAGACCACCGGAUAUCAAGGAAGAUGUUAAGUUAAUGCAAGAGCGAAGUCGAGUUUCUCUUAUAUUGAGGUCCGCGUACUUCCGCAAAGAGUUGGAAAAAAUUGUGGCGUCGUCUCUCAAAUCUGGUUGCCUGAACGCCAACGUUAUCGCACUCAAGCAAAUCAUCGACUACUUGACGCCACAAACACGUCUUGGAUCUUCUGCCUUCACGAGGGGUGCUACCGUUCCUGUGGUACCAAUUAAUGAUUUACGCACUGUCCAACUGGGUAGCUACGUUAAAGGAGAGCGCCUCACACGAUGCAAGUUAGCAUCUGUUUAUCGAUUAGUUGAUAUUUUUGGAUGGAAUACAGGAAUCAAUAAUCAUAUUACGGCUCGUAUUGCCCGGGACACUGAUGAAUACCUUAUAAAUCCCAUUGGUUUACUAUACAAUGAAGUCACUGCGUCUUCUCUUGUAAAAAUCAACCUUGAAGGAUCUGUUUUAGUUGAAAGUUGUGUUAAUUUGGGCAUCGAUAAGCAGAGUUGGAUGUUACAUGCAGCUGUUCAUAGUGCUAGACCAGAUGUCAGAUGCAUUAUUCAUCUAAGUACUCCAGCUGCGGUUGCAGUCUCAUGUACAAAUGCAGGUCUUCUGCCAAUUAGUCAAGAGGCUAUGAUUUUGGGCGAAACAGCUGUUUAUGAUCCUUUGGUUACUAUGACUAAUAUUCAGCAAAAUGGAGAAGAAGGUGUCGACAGCCGUAAACAUCGUCAAUUUAAGGCACAAGAAGCAGAAAUUGCCCGGAUAUUUUCAGAAAAAUCUACUAAUUGUAUGGUUCUAUUGGUACGUAGUUAUGGUCUAUUGGCAAUGGGACAGUCAAUCGAGGAGGCAUGGUUCACUGCUUACACGUCUAUGUUAGCUUGUGAAGCCCAGUUACGUUUGGCCAGUAUUAGUUUGGAUGAAUUGGUUAUGCCUACUAAAGAAGCACAAGAGGCCGCACAUUCAAUAGGUCGUACUCCUAGUGCUGUUCAGCUCCGAGCUGGUGAAGUUACUGGCAGUUCAGGAUGGAGACGUGGUGAACUUGAAUUUGAAGCAUUGAUGCGUAGAUUGGAUGCUGCUGGAUAUCGUACAGGCUAUGUAUAUCGGUUAAGUCAAAUUCGUCAGGGAUCAACUGUUGUAUCAACUCUUCAACGUCAACCUGGUGAUUUUGUGGAUUCAACGGUUCAGCAAUCAGUAAUGUCUCCUCGUGAUGCAGCUGCUCAUGUCCGUCGCGCAGCUAGUCUUGGUCGUGGUCUUCGUGGUCUCAAAGAUGUAGAGAUACCACCUACAGUAUCAUCUUUUGCAACAUCUUACUACGGAGACGAGGAGAGUAGGGCUGCAGCCGCGGCGGAAAUGAAAGCCAAAACACUUUCACUCUCACGUGCACAUUGGUUGAGUACACCGAAUGCAUAUCUACGUGAAGAGAUUGAAGAGAUAGGAACUCCGAAUCCUAAAAAGAUUACACAUUGGACAGAAGGAACAGAUGAUAAUAAAAAUCGUACCGGUGGAGUAUCUAUGCCAUUAGUUGAUCCUAAUCAGUUUGCUCUACAAGGUUCUGAUCCGCAGGAGUUUAAAAAUCAACAGAGAAAGGUGAAAGAUAAGUAUUACAAAGAUGUUAGAUCUGCUGGACCAAAAUCCCGAAUUUUACAAGGUAUUGAUAUAGAUGAUGAAGGGGAUGAAACGGAUGGUACUGUCUCACCGAAAAUGGUCAGUCCCAAAGGCACAUUGCUUCGUUUAGAUCCUUCUAAUCCUCCGUCUCUUGAACCUGGACAUGUUGUUGUAGUUGGUGCUGCUAGUAAGGGCAUUAUUCAUCGCAACCAACGACAUAAUGCUGGGGUUUAUCAAUCUGUCUACUCACCGAAUCCUUUCGAUAGGAUGACCGAUGAAGAUCUUGAGCGUUAUAAGGAGAAUAUUGAACGUAAGGCGAAAGGUUUGCCUUCAUUGGAGGAGGAAGAAGCAAGAGCUCGUAUAGAAGAAGCUCGGCAUGCUGCAGAAGUGGCUCGGGAGGCGAUGGAGGCAGCUUCUCGUAUGACGGCUGGACAAAAGUUAAAUGGUCUUCAUUUAGGAAGCUGUUGCAAAUAUCGUGCACCAACAGUAACUGCAGAUUAUAAUAGUACACUGGCUGAUUUAAGUACAAGUGUUUUCUGUUCAAGUACAACAUCUUGUUUAACCGAUAAUAAUGAUAAACCAUUCAUGAUGAACUCUUAUCCUGAAAACAUGUUCAAUAAUGGCAAUGUAAAUUCAUCAGAAUAUUUCUGUUCCCUUAACAGUUCAAGUCUGGAGACCUUAUCAAGUAGUGUUUUACCAUUAUCAUCUGCAACCGGUGUAUCAGAUGCAUUCUUAUCUAAUACUAGAAGUAAAUCGUGUCUUCGACGUCGAAGUGCUCGUCGUUUUUGGCACUGGCCUCAUCGAAUUACUACAAAAUCAGGAAAUUAUAGUCUUAUUAAACCAAUCCAGUCUCUCGAUGUUGUUGACUCUGGAAUUAAUAAAGUAGAAUUAGGCUAUUCUAAAUUUUUUCAGAGAUUUACAGCCCCUUUACUGGAAGGGAACAGCAAUAAUACUUCUUUUGACACGAGGUCACCAAGUCGAUUAUUCUCUCCAACAGUGUUUGAGAAAUCUUGGAAUUUCAUAUCAUCUGAAGGUAUUGAUAACACUAGUGCUUCAUUAAAAACAAUUACUCAUCCAGAGAUGUGUACAAGUAACUUUGUUGAGGUGUUUAUUUUUGUUUUCGUUGGUACACGUUAGUGUUGGAAAUCUUUAUAUACACGAGGCGGCAGCUGACAGUUUGUGUUGUCGUUUUCUUUUAUCCCAUAGAUCAUGGUGAGGGCGGUGGUUUGGAUUUAAGUCAUAUUCAAACAAUUCGUUCAGAUACUAGUGGGGCUGAAGCUAGUCAUGAUGACACUGAGAAAGAGACUAAAAAAGAUGAUAGUGUAACGGAGAAGAAAAAGAAGCGUCGAUUCAAAAUGCCUUCAUUUGCUAGGAAAUCCAAGACAAAAGAGGUGAAAGAAAAGAAAUAAAUUUAAUUUCUUCUCAGUACAUAUAUACUACUUCCUCGUAUAUAAGUAGACAUAUUAAUAAAUCCCGUUUUUUUCUCUCAGACGGUCGAAAUAUCUGAAUUAAUCUACUACUACACUACUGCUACUACAGGCGUUAAACCUAUCUUUUGCUUUGAUAUAUCUGUCCACAACAAAUCACCCUGUUCAGCUUUUUGUUAUCCCUUUUUUAUUAUUAUCAUUAUUAUUACUAUUCACCUGCUUAUGAAUGAUUGAUCCGUGUUUUUACAUCGAAUAUGCUUUUCACGUUAUCUGCUUGUGAUAUAUAAAUAGUCAGUCUUUACUUAUUCCAUCAUAAUUUCACCCUCAAGGAAGAUAUAUAAUAUACUCCUCUGUCUUCUUUUGUGCUUGUAAUAUUGAUAUUAGUUGUGAAGUGUUUGCAUCAAAUAUUCUGUGGUGUUGUUGGUUUUUCUUUCCCGAAUUAUAAAUUCGAGACACACUUUGGUGUUGUUGUUUGAGUCAAUUCUUGUUAAUCAUCUCUGUCGAAUAUUGAUUGAUCUGUUUGUUAUUUUUGCUUUUUAUUCUGCCCUUUGUUCUCUUGAAGAAUUUGCAUAAUUUGUUUCUGAAACAAGCACGAUAAUAAAUUCUGAUUGGCACAGUUCUUGUUAUUAUUAUCACCAUCAUCAUAACUGUGUGUGUGUGUGUGUGGGGUGGGUGGAAGGCACACUAAAGCUUCUUUUUCUUGCUGUGAUCUGAUUAAACUGCACAGUUUGAUUGUUUAUUUUAUUUUCGAUUGAAAAGUUCCAUUUAAUUUUCCACACUUCUUGUUGUUGUUGAGCUUUUCAGGCUUGUUUGUUUUUGGUUUAAUCUCAAGAACUUUAAUAAAAUAUGGCAUUUUUUUCAGUUUGAUAGUGUGGAAUAAGAUCCUGUGUUGUUAACCUUUACUGAAUAUAACAUAUGAUUGGUUUGUACUGAAGGUAUACUUUCUGUUGAAAUGUUGGGAC